AUGUGGGACUACUACAAGGACAAGAAGAUCUUGAUUACGGGAGGCUCUGGCUUCCUGGGCACUGUCCUAGUCCACCGCAUUCUGAAGACGCAGCCAGAUGUUGGUCAUAUAUACGUUCUUUGCCGGACUGAUCGAGAAGGACUGAAGAACAGAUGGCAGAAAUGGCUGGGCAGUGCCCACAACGAUGUAUGGAAGACAAACAAAAUCGACGUGGUGCAGUUGGACAUUAGCAAGAAAAACACACCGCAAGACUUUGAGGAUGCCCUGGGAUCAUUCGAAAUCGACAUUGUUGUCCACGCAGCCUCGUCCAUCAACCUCGACCGCCCAAUAGGAAAGAUUAAGAAUGUGAUCAUCGAAGCAAGCAUGGCGCUCGCGGAAUACGUUUCUCGCCGACAAGAUGUGAAGCGAUUCGUCUAUGUCUCUACGUCUUUCGCCAAUUCUCACCUCCAAUUCGACAGUGACUCGAAAACGCUCGCAAUCCCCAUCGAAGAAACCAUCUAUCCCCUCGGAGAUGCGCAGAAAGAAUGGGAAGACAUCAGCAACGGGAUCGAGCCGCCAUACGUCAAGAAAUUUCCCUGGGCAUAUGCGUACGCAAAGCAUCUGACCGAGCGUCUUCUGCAGCAGAAGCUCGGCGACAAACUGAUGAUCGUUCGUCCGUCGAUUAUCGGCCCUGCACUGCAAUUUCCCGUGAGGGGAUUCAGCGUUAUCAAGUCCACGCCGUGUGUUACCCUCGCAGCGGCCGUGAUGCUACUCCCAGCAUGGCGCAUUACUUUCGCAUCAGGGCUCCCGAAUCCCAACGUCAACGCCACGUGCAAUGCCAUCCCCGUCGACGUGGUGGCAGAUCGUCUUCUCGCCCAUCUCGCCAGCGGAAACAAUCAAGUGGUCCAUGCUGUGGGUAAGCCAGUGCCCUUUGAAAAUCUUUGGGCCUCGAUUAUGAAGCAACGACGAUAUCCGUGGAAAGCCAAUGUUGUAUGGGUCAAGGAUGAUUGGAAUUCACCGAAAGUCCACCGCAUCGGUCGUCUGUUCAAGGUCCUUGGGACGGCGUUCGAUUUUUCCGAUGCCAAUACCAUUGAACUGCAGGAAAAGAUGGACAAGCUCGAGCCCAACAUUAUUGUGUCUGAGAAGGGCGCUCAAAUCGGAACCCAGCCACAGCUGUUCGCCGACCACGAAAUCGAUUUGAUCAAUUUCGGGGCUUGGAAAACGCAAGUACGAGACAGCAUGGACAUGUUUGCCAGGCGUGACUGGGUCACUAAAGUAAUCGUUCGGGUAUUGUACUGA